AUGUUUGUAGUUGCAUUCGAACGGUUCGUGCUACAGGUGGCUGGUUCGCGGUUACAUCUAGUACAAAAGAAGGCUGUUAACGGAUCCAUAACAUUUUCAAGUUCAGUUUCGUUAAAAGAUUUAUUAUUCAAGAAAGCAUGGAGCCCACUUCUGACACCACUCGGAUAUAUGUCAUUCGAAACCCUCGAGGGCCGGACAUAA